AUGACUGCACGGGCAGAAGAUCUCGGGCUUGGCCGACCUGGCCGACGCAAAGCUUGUGAUUUGUGCUUUACCAAAAAGAUCAAAUGCGACAUGUUGCAGCCAACAUGUUCAAAUUGCAUCCUAUACAAGGCCGAGUGUACCACAGGCAAAGGCAGACGUAAGACGAAUCCGCCAGCCAAAGUGCGAGCGGCGGCCAUGCAAAAUCAACAGCAGCAACAACAGCAACAGCAGGGGGCCAAAACAAAUGCAGACAAGACGGAGGAUCGCCUUGCAAGAAUAGAGAAACAGUUGGAGCAGCUGAUCAGCAUGCAAAUCCCUAGGCCCUCAGCCGAACCACAUGCCGCCUCAUGGUCCCAUUCCGUCUCAUCUCAGGGUGAGCAAGGCGAUAGUGCCAUUAUGCUGUCUAAUGUCGGUUCAGAUGUCCCAUAUUCCUCGCAAGACCCUUUAGCAUUCGAUUCUGGGAAGUUCCCAUGGAGUGUUGAUCUCGUCCCCAAGGAUGAGCUGCCACUUCCUCCGCUGGCGGAUAUCAUGCCCAUCAUCGACCACUACUUUGACCAUUUUGCGCCCAUUAUUCCUCUGUUCGAUCAACAGCCGUUUAUGCGUAUGCUUCACCAGUGGUAUAUGGACCCGUCAACUCACAACAAAGCCGCUUGGGCUGCCAUCCAGGUCGUACUGGCCAUCGCGUUGCGGACACCAACCCCCGAACAGCUGAACGGCAGUGGAGGCUCCGAUCGACACCACCGCGCCAACUUCUUCCUCAAGAAUGCGCAGUCGGUUGUUUCCGACCUGGUCACGAGAGACCGGGAUCUUCUGGGCCUACAGGUCUUGCUGGGCAUAGUGAUUUUAUUCCAAAACAGCAGCGACACAAGCCCUGCCAGUGUCAUUAUAGGCACGGCCAUAAGACUAGCUCACAGGAUGCGGCUGCACUCCAAAGAGCGCACUGAAUUUUAUUCCCCCGAGGAGAACCUUCGACGGCAGAGACUCUUUUGGGUAGCCUACAUUCUUGACAAGGACAUUUCACUUCGGAUAAAAGUUCCCUCAGUACAGGUAGACAGCGAUAUUGACAUUGACGUGCCCCCGGCCAAACCCACCGACGAUGUCGGCGUGUUGUGGACAAAAGACCACCAACUCUACUUCAACUAUCACCGAUCCAUGAUACACCUCGCUCAGAUCCAGGGCAAAGUAUAUGAAUGGCUGCACUCCAACAGCUCGGCCAAGAUGUCCCGCCAGACCCGGCAGCAACGGGUCCAGCAGCUAGACCGAAUGAUCAGCCACUGGUACGACGCCAUACCUACCGCUUUCCGCAUCGAAAAUGUGAAUGCCUCAAUUGGGGAGUGUGAAAUGAUACAAAUGACCAAGAUGUACCACGUUUACCUGCUUGUGUUGGUUAUGACAUACGGCAUUUACAGCCACGACGCAAACUGGGUCAAAGCAAUUCGAUCCGGAGACCGCAACGCCAUUAGAAACCUGGCGCUGGGAACAGAACGACAAGAUUUGGACGGCGUGCCAGAGCGGCAAGUCUUGCUGCUGCCGGGGAGUUGGCAGAAGAUUGUGCAAGUCAGCCGGGGCUGUUUGCGCUUGUUCGGCGAGUGUACACCGACUGAAUGCCUCAUCUGGCAGUGCUGCUGCCCUCAAUUUUCAGGCAUGAUGGUCCUCCUCGCAAACCUCCUUAUGGAACCGACACACCCCGAUGCUUCUUCCGACGAGUUAUUUUCCGCGCGGGCAAUUCAGCUAUUCGAUAGAGUCAUGGAAUUUAUCCCCGACCCCGAAAACUUUACCGAAAUUCGCUUCAUCAUUGGAGAACUGUACGAUAGGGCAGUACUCGCCGUCAACGAGGCUAAAUCAUCCCAGGCCUGCGACAAUUGUGUAGAUAUAUUGCAGUCAAAUUUGUUGAGUUAUGCAGAGACUGACGGAGAUCCGUGGAGCUGGGCAACUGCUCUCCCAGGAAAGAUGGAUAUUUUCCCGGACGCUAGAGAUGGCGGCGGGAGCAGCCUUGGGGUUAUGCCUUGA